UCAGCUUUUUCUUAUAUGCAUUUAUAUUGAGGAUCAUCAACACCGAACGAGACUACAAACAAAACCACUCCCAACGCAUCAUGUUUCAUCUCGGAAUCGCGGAUUCCGCGCAGUUACUCGUUCAUGCGUCCACUGGGGUUUAUUUGAUACUACAAGUAGAGGGCUAUGGAUGGUUGGAACAGUUCCUCGGCGCAAUUAUGAACGGGAUGUGGUGCACCAGCCUGGUGCAUACCGCGUUUCUGGCUAUGAAUCGAGCCGUGUUUAUUGUAUUCUUUGGGAAAUAUAGGAAUAUCUUUCGAGAAUCUGUUUUCUAUGCCUGCAUGGCAUUUUGUUGGAUGUUCUUCCUGAUUAUCGCGAUUUUGGACUUGAGUGGCGCUUCAUUUUUUGUUUUUGUAUUGCCAUCCUAUACUUUUCAAUAUCUGGAGGGUUACCCAGCCGGCGGCUUCAUCCGUGAAUUCAGCAAUAAUCUAAUUAUUGCCGAGAAAAGCGUAUCUUCCGGCAAGGAGUUGCUGCUAACACUACAGGUUUUCUUCAUCUCCGCCUACAGCAUCUUCGGCUACUGUAUCUGGACAUUGUGUUUCAUGGAGAAAAACGUUCGUCAGUCGUCAGCGUUCGUCCAAGAGCAGCCAGCG